AAACGCAGCGAGGGAAACGCAAAGAAGGUUUGCCUUUUCACCGACUCCCCAUAGUGGAAAUGAGUAAAGUGGAAAAGCAAAUCCAAGGAAAUGUUGAUGUUCCGGCCGUGAGUUUCCGGGAUUAGAUCACCGGAGAGGCACUGCUGUUCCCAUGGAUUUCACUAAUCACGACGGCAUUGGAGCUCAUAUAAAUUUGCCAUUGCAACACAUCAACAAUUCCUUGUGGGUUCAUUCUCACAUGAAUGGGAGGAUGACUCUAAGAACAGAAUCUCAUGGAAUGGAUGCAAUGGAUGUGAAUUCUAAAAUUCACUGUAUCGAGAUUGAGGCAUAUGGGGCCGUCUUGAGGGCUUUCAUUACUCAAUCUGAUGUUCUUUCGUGGGGGAAAGAGGGGCUUCUAACUGAGCUGCGAAAAGAGCUUAAUGUUGCAGAUCAUGAACAUCAAAAACUCCUUGCAAGAAUUGAUUCAGACGAGUCUGUUAGAAUAAUAAGGGAAUGGCGGAAAGGUACCUCCCAUGCUCAAGAAUCAGUCUCCAGUAAAAUGAAUGCUCCUGGCUACAUUUCUAGCUCACUGGGUAAUGUUGCCCACAAGAUAUCGAAGACUUCCCAUGCUGCUGCUUCGUUACAGAAGUAUGUUUCGCAUGGUCAAAGCACUUCAGCAUCUAUACCUUCUUCGCUUCCAGUACAGUUCAUGGAUGGUCAAUGGACUAGAGAACUGCCUAUGCCCUCCACUGGGAGUACUGGGCAAUCUAUGAACUACCUUGUUCAUGGCAUUCCGGUCCUAGCUGUAAGUAAUCGUAGAGGACUAGUGAAAGCUCAAUUGAAGAAGGGCUUUGAUAGAGCUGAUGUUGGCAAAUUCAAGAAAAAAUCUGAUAAAAUUGAGAUACGUGCAACAGAUAAGCUUAUCUAUGAGGUUGAGAGGAUGGUCUAUGGAAGAGGUGACCCUGACCCAGUUUGUAUUGAGAAGGCGAAGUCAAUCCUCAGAGAGCAUGAGAAAGCUAUCCUUGACGCGCUCAAGAAACUUUCUGAUGUGUCAGAUGGAGAUGAUUCUUACAAUCAAUUGCAUCAUCACUACUCCCUCGAAGAGCUCCAUAGGAUUGAACAAGGAACGGUGACACGCAACUUCUAUGGUCAGAUCCAUUAAGUCUGAGAAUCUCUUGCAUAGUUGUGCAAGCUGACUAAAAAAUCCGCUCAUGAAGCCAGUUAGUUGUAAAUUUGUCAUGGAUAACAUAUUUUUGGUAGUUUUAUCUUCCCUUGUUUUCAGGCUGUUGUCAAUGAUAGAUCCUAAGGGUUAACUGAUAAAAACGGAUUGUCUCAAUGUAAUUACCAGGAAAAAAAUACAGUUUGCCGAACUUGUGUCGAUGGAACAAAAGAUGCCUUCUUGCCUCUUGUUCUUUCUUGGGGACCAUAUGCUCUAACUACUUAGCUACAUCCUGUGUACUAAAUUGAAUGUAAUGAUGACUAUGUAGAUGGUUUUGACUGUU